AUGACUCUCAAGGACGACCUCAAAGCUGCACUACCGACGGGAUUCAAUGCAAAUGUUCGAUAUGUGAGGUCAAGACCGAAAGCUUGCGAGCCUCUGUUCUCGGCCUUGCCAGGUCAACAAGCAGAGAAAACGCGCGUGGCUGGUCACUUUCUAGCUGUGAGCAUAAGUCCGGACUCAGAGGCGACAUCGACGACGAACGCCACAAGUCAGCAGCCACGAGAUGUGAUCAGCUUCGCCAUCGAGGUAUCGGUAUACACUACCAAGCAGCUCACGACCAUAUUCAUCAGCAAGGUGGACUCUACAGCACACACUUCAAAGGUCAAGCCAUCACCUGUCAAGACUACAGUCACAACUUUGCUGCAAUAUCUUGCCAACAAAGAACUGCGAAGACAUCCCCGACGAAAGGUCGUGAUCUCGCUGUUCGCUCGGGCGCAAGCGCAGUAUCUAUUUCCCGGGUCGGCUGAUAGCAAGACAAAGCAUGUCCUAGAUGACAGGCAACUUAUCAAGUGGUGGGCUCGUGUGUUGGACCCGAUCAUACCUCGUUCGGGAACGUCGACCGAUGUCACUAACAUUUGUACCAUCGCGAAUGGUGUGACGAACGAAAAUUCGUCAAACCAACCCGUAGAACCCGACGUUCGAUACCAGGGCUAUCUUACGGUGCCUGGGUUUGCGAAGAACGAGCUCCGAUCUUUCAUGCCAACUCCAGCUACGACUUCGCCGGACACGACGCCACGAUGGAAACCAGAGCACCCAUUGAUGGACCUUGCUCGCACCAGGGGCUUGCCCGAGCACGCACCACCAAGGUGUCUGCUACCACGAUUCGAAGACGAUCCGAAGGCAAGAUACAUGACCGAUCUGGACGAGGAGAUUGGCAUCGCCCACGACGCAGAGGUUACGAUCAGUCCUUCCAAGCGUAAGAGCGGCAGAUGGAAUUCUGUUCGUAGCCUCGAUCAGUUCUGGGAAAUGAUGGCGUUUAGGCAGGAAUGCUCGUCUGGUAGGGCAGUUGGCUUUCUAUGGCUGGUCAUCUCGCCCGAAGGAAGUGAUGCGCAUGGCUUGGGUGAAAGCCAAGGUGGUUCUCAGAUGACCGAUUUCAACAGCCAGGAGACAGUUUUCAGUCAAGAGUCUUUGCCACCCACGAAUGAUCUUCAGCCGACGUCAGAUCCUUCAGUUCCGUUGUGCAGCAGUCCCAAGAAGAAGCGGCGCAAGCCACUGACGGGUCCCGUCAUCCCAAGACAGCCACGAUUGAAGAAGGCAGACUCGUCGACUUUGUCCCACGCCUCGGUCCAGGAUGGUGAGGGUCUAGCCGUCUCGAAGGAUGGCUACGACAAAGUGAUCCACACUCUCCUUCAGCUGGACUUUGCUAACCUCGACAUAUCUGUGCAAUCAACAUCGAAGUGGGUAAAAGAGGUCAUCGGCAUUUCAGGGAGUGGCGAUUUCUCGUUCCGUGUAGAAGGCACUGCGAAUGCGACCACACUCGUGGGCGCCGGCCAGGGGAAUGGGAAUACCGUCAACGAUCUUGGCGGCAUGAUCCGGAAGAAGAGGAAAGCCAACGAUGUUGCACCAGCGGAGGCACAGCAGGAAGCGGUUCCUGCAGUCAAUGUUCUGAGCACUAAUAUGGUGAGGAAGAAGCCAAAGGCUGCGGUGCCUUAG